GCGGAGUGUGUUGAGACUUUUUCUUCUCUCUCUCUCUCAGUGUAAACUCCCAUCACUGGACUCUCAGUGAAUAACACACACUCUACACACACUCUACACACACUCUACACACAGUCGGAGACUCCGUGAGACGAGGUGAAGAUCAGAGCAGACAUCCUCCUUCCUGAAAGUCCAGCAGCACAGAUCAGGUGUGUCGAGAACUUCCCAUCAUGCCGGUGGCGUUCCACUCCUCCCCGCUGAUGUGGUCGCGGGUGGCGGCCAUGGUGUUCGCCUGUGUGGCGUUUAGCGUGGCGCUUUACGGCGCUCAGCUGACCCACGGUACCGGAGACUGGUGUGUGUUCUGCUGGAGCUUCAGCUUCGCCGGGACUCUCCUGAUCAUCCUGGUGGAGAUCUGUGGCCUACAGUCCCGCGCUCCCAUCUCCUGGAAGAACUUCCCCAUUACCUUCGCCUGCUACGCCUCUCUGCUCUGUCUGUCCGCCUCCAUCAUCUUCCCUCUCUUCUUCCUGAAAGGCUACGGGGGACGUGACGAAUACGUCAACUGCCGCAUCGUCUCCACCGUCUUCUCCUGCCUGGCCACGCUCGCCUACUUCAGCGAGGUCAGCUUGAGCAAGGCACGUCCGGGUGAGGUGUCCGGCUAUAUGGCUACGGCACCGGGCAUUCUGAAAGUCUGUGAGACCUUCGUCGCCUGCGUCAUCUUCGUCUUCAUCAGCGAUCCGGUGUCUUAUAACCAGAACGCCGCAACAAAGUGGUGUCUCUCUGUCUACUGCAUCUGCUUCAUCCUGUCAGCAGCCAUCAUCCUCAUGUGCAUUGCUGAGUGGACCGGACUGCUCCCCAUUUCCUUCCCCCGCUUCCUGUCCUUCUACGCUCUGCUCGCCGUGGCCAUGUACCUCUCCGCCACCAUCAUAUGGCCCAUUUACAAGUUUGACGACAAACACGGAGGAAACAGCCACCGGCCGAACGACUGCAGCUACCAGAGGGGGCUGUGCGCCUGGGAUAAGACGCUAGCCAUCGCCGUCCUCACUGCGCUAAACUUCUUGCUGUACCUUGCAGACCUGAUCUACUCAGCCAGGCUGGUCUUCGUUACGGUUUAAUCACAACAAUUAACAACUUCACCACCACUUUCACUUCCUCUUUCCUUCCCAGCCACCGUUUUUAAUUACUGCUAUUACCCAAGUUCGCUAGCUCAUCUUACUCCGACACCACUGUAGUUUCCAUGUUUCUUUUCUGCAGCUGUUUAAAAAGGAGGGAGAUUUCUUUCAUAGAAAUUUGCAGUCAUUAAAACGACUCACUUUUGCUCACUGUCCUGCUGACCAGUCAGCAAUCUGGAUUAUUCCAUCACGCUAGCUAUUAGUUAAAAAAAGCUGAUGCAACUCUGAGUUUGGACACAGUGUUGGAAAGUGGGUGGGGUUUCAUGGUCAUUGCAGUGUCUGUGGUGCUCUAAUGGCUACACAGAUGCUACAUAUGCUAAUCUCUCUUUAAAUCUGUCACCAAACAUCUCAGAUGUUGCCAGGUGACCAUAAACACACCACUUUUUCAGCAUUUAUUUUCCAGUGUUUAUUUUUCAGCCAUUGUAGUAGACCAAAGAAAAACCUCAGAGUCCUUUUAAGAGAAAAUUUCAGGUUGCUGGAUUUAGCGCUCGUUUCAUUUUCAGGUAUUUAAAUCGGCAAGUUUAUCAUCAGUCUUCUCCAGCUGAGUUUUAAUAAUAAUCUAUUAGCAGAUUUCUCUGUCGGAACAUCGAGGCGCUCUGACAUUAGCGCUGACUAGCACACUGCGUGUGUUAUGGCUAUUUUCUGGAGCAGCAUGCAGCACUGGUGCUAAUGGAUUAGUGCAGAAACGUGUCACUUUUCACCAUCAAGUCUUUAAAACCCAGCAGCUGAAGAGUGACACGUAUAAUCAGGAGCGAGUCAGAGCAUGCUAACUGCAAGCUAAUUAAAGACAUUAAAAUAUCGGGUUUCACUGCUAAAACUGUCAAUACUCCAGAAUAA